AUGUCGAACCCUGUAGUAGAAUCUACAACCCGUGGCAACGGCUCAACGCUGGGAUCGUUGGGUUCGGAGCCAAAACGACAUGCGGCUUGCGAUGAAUGUAGAAAACGGAAGUUAAAAUGCUCUGGCGGGAUCGGUGGCUGUGCUCGUUGUUUAAAACAGUCGAUUCCAUGCCACUACUCCACACAAAAGACCAUGGGCCGACCACCCAAGAAGAGAGCCCGCGCCGACGAGGAGGGACUUGAUUUCAAUACACAGUAUAACGACGGCGCUUGGCAGGGACAAGAGGAUACACAAUCGAAUUCUUUCAAUAUACCCGGGGAUCCUCCUGUUCCAUCAGACGCACAUCGACUAUGUCCACAGCUCUUUUGGCAAUCUCAUCAUCGUUCGCUUUCACCACAGCCCGACCUACUAGUGGAAGAUCAAGACCACAACCACAGUUGGCGCCCAGACCGUUUGAAGAACCCAAAUCUCCCAGUAUUUCCAUCUUCAAGUCCUUGGCCAGAUUUCUCUACGGUGUCCGAAUCGUCAGCGAUGCCCUUUGCGCCUCCGGCAAACUUAUUCGAUAUGUCUUCACUACCACUCACCCCACAGUCUUUAUGCUCCGAGUCCACACCCCCUCAGUGCACAUGCUUGUCUUAUUUAUACCUUUGCCUCAGUCACAUCUCUUCUAUUGGCUCUUUCCCCAUCAACAAUCAUACCCUCUGCUCCCUCUACAUCGCCGCUCGAACAGCUCAAGAUAUUAUCCGCUGUGAAUCCUGUCCUAGAAACUUUGCAUCGGGUGUACAGAAUGUCAUGUUCACAGGUACACUGUUGACAGUAGUUGCGGAUGCGUGGCUUCGUGUGUAUCACAGUGACCCCGUCGAAUUGGGCAUGCAAUCUGCCCCACAGGAGUAUAUCUCUGGUGUACUCCAAAGCGCCAAUCAAGAACAGCAGUGGACUAAAUGGUUAAACCAGAUUGUUCGUCGAGCUGUCAUUGGUGGCCCCAUUGACUCAAAUUCUAUGGCCCGGUGCUCCGACCAGCCAUCACUGUUAGCUCUGAUUAACGAAGUUGAAAAUCGUCAACGCCGCUGGCAUGACCCAGGGAAUCAUCCAUUGCAAAAUAACAACCCCUUCGGGCCCAUUGCGGUUACAGAUGAAGGACAGGGUCAUAAUGAAAACGAGAGACUUUGCAUGCGAGUUGUUGGAAGUGCGAGAGCUGUCAUAGCAAAAUUCAACUUCGAUCCACAUGAAUAUCCUGAAGGACUUGCUCCAGGGGAAACAAGGCAUGAGACUGCACAAAUAGAUACCAGGGCUUGA